AUGUUACUGCGAACGUCCGUUUUCUCACCGGCUGGACAAGUGGGUGUCGCGACUGUUGUGGCGAUCGCACCUUCGCCAAAACAGCUGACUCCUGCACAAUUGAAAGUACUGAGUCACGAAGCUUGCUUCAACACCGCAGACGCCGAUCCGGUCAAUCUCGUGGCCACGGUCGAGUCGAUCCUCAAACAAACCGGGGAACCGGACGAGACAACGCAUCUCAUUCGGCAACAGGUUACCUCCUUGGUGAUGGCGCACAAACCACGUGCCAUUAUUACCAAAGCGGAGCAGAGCGCUCUCAAGGCACUUAGGAAUGAUACCAGCAUUGUAAUACUACCGGCAGACAAAGGCCGUUCCACAGUAGUGCUGGAUAAGACAGAUUACGCUCAGAAGGCCAACGCUCUACUGGAGGACCGACAGGCGUACCUCCCAUGUGGUGAGGAAUCGAUAAAGACGUUAGUGACGCAACUGGAGAAGACGCUCACCGACAUGCAAUCAAAGAAAGCAAUAAGCAAAUCGGUACGGCUGACCAUUAAGCCGACAGAUGCGGCUCCAGCACGUUUCUAUGGCCUACCGAAGGUACACAAACCCGGUCUCCCGCUCCGGCCAAUCGUUUCAUUGCGCGGUACACCUACAUAUAAUCUGGCAAAAUGGCUAUUCCGCAAACUGAGGUCUCUCACCUCGAACGCAGCCACGACCGUCUGUUCAGCGGCUCAGUUCCUAGAACGGCUCAAAGGCAUCCGACUCAGCGAAGACGAGGUCAUGGUGUCAUUCGAUGUCACCGCACUCUUCACUUCGAUCCCGCAAUGCCUAGCAGUCCAAACGGUUAGCGAACUGCUCGAAUGCAAGUACGACGAGACGGAAGAAAGUGUGAAACGGACUCAUCUCAUUCAACUGCUGAAAUUCUGCCUGAAGACGUUCUUUACCUUCGACGGGAGGGUGUACGAACAGACCAAGGGGACGCCGAUGGGAUCGCCGCUUUCAGGCUUCAUAGCAGAAGCAGUUCUUCAAAAGGUAGAGACCAAAGUCUUCGAGACCUACAGGCCAAAAUUUUGGGCUCGAUAUGUUGAUGAUACCUUUGUCAUCAUCAAGCGGGAAAUGGUUCAAACCUUUCACAAUGUCCUCAAUUCGGUUUCGCCUGAUAUUCAAUUCACAAUGGAGGCCGAAAGCAACAACGAACUACCGUUCCUAGACGUACUGGUUCACCGUAACCCAAAUGGACACCUGAAAACAACGGUGUAUAGGAAGGCCGCCAAUACGCGCCAAAUCCUGAGCUACCACAGCAAGCACCCGUUGUCCCACAAACGCAGCUGUGUACGCACACUAUACAAAAGGGCAGAUACACACUGCAGCGAGCCAGACGACAAAAGGUCGGAACUACGCCACCUUCAGCGCCUCUUCAUGGCGAACGGUUAUCCUCGAAAUUUUAUAGAACGCAACAGGCAGCCUGCGCCAAGCCUAAGCCCAGUGACAGAACGACCAAAAGUCUGGCGAGCCCUUCCUUACAUUGACGGCGUCUCUGAGGCGGUCUCCCGUCUCCUAAGGCCACUGGGAAUCGGAAUUGCCCAUCGGCCAGAAUCAACAAUCCGGCAUCUGGUAAUGAGACCCAAGACCCCGCUGCCACCCGGUGAAACAACAAACGUGAUUUAUCGGAUCCAAUGCAGCUCCUGCGAGAUAAACUAUAUUGGGGAGACCGGUAAACGACUCCAGACCCGUGUUNCCAUGACGAGAGCUAAACCCGUUGAAAGGGGACCAUCACCACCUAUAAAUACUGUGAGGCGUGGUACAAAACUCACCUCCGACGAUGAAAGCUUGUCUGCUUUUGAAACGUCAGGACAAUACAACUAUGGUUCCCGAGAUCGUCUCUUCUUCUCAUUUAUGUCCGGGGACGCGCAUCUUCGCUUCUAUCAGCAUAUAUAUAUAUAUAUAUAUAUCAGCGAGGAGGGACGACAGAGAAUGCGGGUAGAUUGAUACAGCACUGUUUCGGGCUUAUUCUGCCUUCAUUCAGCCAAUCAUAACCCUGACCACCAGCAGCUGGGACCUGAAACACAAACAUGCGCACAGACGCACCUGGCGCAGUCGGUCCACCACUGAGGCCUACCAGAUGGGUCAUAAGCACUUCAUCGAACCGAAGUUCAUCAGUGCCUCGCCACCUGUCCCUCCUCGCUGCUAUUAUGACUUGGCCGACUUCGGCCUGGUAAUUGGUUGCCUGUUCGUGACCUUUGCCACACAUACGGAGCUUGUUUGCUUUGUGAAGCCAAUAGAUCGGUGUGCGCCCAUUCCUGAUUGAUAUAUAUUUCUGAUAGGAGCGUAUAUAUAUAAUGGUAGGGGGCGCUCACUGAUCUUUCUUACGGAACUGACACGUUCCGUUGUGCCAUAUGGACUCUCUCUCAAGCCCAACCAGCAGGCACACAACGGCGCAUGAUAAACAGUACGUGACCUAUCUCAUGAAAUCAGAUAACGAAAACUGAUGAGAGGAUUGCUGGACGCCUUUAACGUUGAGUAUUUUUUUCGCUCAUUCACCUCUUUAAAAAGUGUCCUUUUCUUUUGCAGAAAUUGUGUUUACGUAAUUAUAUCAAGUAAAAUAUCAGUAAAUUUUAGCGAAAAUGGACGUUGGAAUAUAUUCGUGCAAUUUUCUAUGCUAAUAAAUGUCCUAGAUUCUGUUUACGCAUCUUAGCGACUUUUUUAUUGAUAUGAUAGUAAUUUAUCCGCGAGAGUUUUAAUAAACAAAUUCAGCCGGGUUGGUGCCACCAGCUUGAAAAUUCGCGAGUGCAACUCGAUUUUUUUCCGACGAGCCUUCUGUCUUCAUCAUAUUAUCUCGGAAUGCACACUACCUCAGCUAUUCAACAUAUUUUUGGGCGUCAAACGCUUAUUCUUACCAGACGUUGGGAGAAAUUUGCACAGAGGCAGGCUACAACUUACGAACAGCUGACGUUCCUUCAUCGAUGUCGCGAUCAUGGCAUCCUACCGAAGUCUCUUCCUUUCAAGCCCACCCUAGCGAAUGAGACCGGGAGGUUACUUGCACGCAAAUAUGGAUUUCGCGUUUUGAGUGCUAUCAUAUCAGACGUCCACCGUCGUCUUUGCAGAUUCGAUGCAACAAUAUCCGACCUCCGAAGCCAGUGUAUCUCAGCAUUGCCUGAAAAUGUGUUCGGAGACGUGCUACAACAAAUAAAUGCCACCGCUUUAGACGCCAGGAUGAAAAAGCGAGCCGAUCUUCGAGUGAAACUGCAAUCCCUUCUUCGCCCUGUGAACGAAAUCAACAGGUCGACAAGAGUUGUUAACCCUUCUAAAAGGAGUCUAACAUCCGCUGAACUGAGCCUACUAUCUAAGGGAACGAAAUUCAGCCACACUGAUGCUGCGCCCACAAACUUCCUACCGAACCUUGAAUCUACUUUACUGACCUCUGCUCUGCCUGAAUACAGGCGCGCGGACAUACGAAGCUGUGCCACUGGCCUACUUCGACAAAAGAAGCACCACCACGUCUGGCCUAUCGAUAAAGAAAAGGGGUUACACUCUCUUAAGACAGACGACAGUACAGUGAUUGUGUCUGCUGACAAAGGUGGCGCGACAGUCAUCAUGGAAAAGAGUGAUUACGUCAACAAGGCGAACCAAGUCUUUAACGACAGGGAAGCCUACGCACCACUCGCGGAGGACCCGACUAAAAAGCAAGCCGCGGCUGUAAAAAAGAAGGUGAAUGAGCUCACUCGACUGAAACUGAUAACCACCAAUGAUUCCAAGCGCAUGAUUCUCAACGACCCCCGAAUAGCUCAUGCAUAUGGCCUCCCAAAAGUGCACAAAGAAGGUGCGCCAUUGAGGAUCAUAGUGCCGCUUAUUGGAUCGCUCAUCUACAACAUCGCUAAAUGGUUAUACAGGCACCUGAAGCACCUCGCCAAUGGCUCACAAAAUAGCAUCAAAAACUCUCAGGCAUUUCUCCAGAAGAUCCAAGGCCUCAAAGUAAGUCCCGAUGAGUGUAUUCUAUCGUUUGAUGUGGUUGACCUAUUUUCCUCAAUACCACAUGACAUGGCGAUUGACAGCGUAACCCGACGCCUGCAAGAUACUCCAACCAGCAUCCCAACACAACACGUUUCAGAGAUGCUUUAA